CUUUCCAGACAAACAAUGCAGCAGGACACAAAUCUAACGAAGAAACCAAACCCUAACCCUAGCAAUACCACGAAGGACAAGCAAAGUAAGAAGAAGAAGAAGAAGGAUGAAUUCGAGUUCUGCAAAGUCUGCAAACUGAAUCACGACCAAGGUCGACGCCAUAACUACUUUCCGAGCCACACCAAAUCACUCUCCGCCUACCUCUCCCGAUUCCAGACCAAACUCUCCGACGUCCGCUUCUUCCUCAAAAACCCUAGCCUCCUCCGCCCAGAACACGCCUCUCGCAAUCGACUCUGGUGCGUCUUCUGCGAUUUUGACAUCGACGAGCUCACUAGCUCCUUCGCUUGUGGUAAUGCUAUAAAUCAUCUGGCAAGUGAGGAUCAUUUGAAGAAUUUGAAGAGAUUUUUGUGGAAGUAUGGCGGUGGGAUGGAUCGCUUGGAUGCUUUAAGGAUUUCUGAUGUGGAUCUUGCUAAGUGGGAGAAAAAGUGCAAAUCAUUGAAGAUUGGAGCUGCUACUGAAGGAUCUCAUGGACCUAAUAUUGGACCUUCAAAUGAUAUCCGCAAUGAACUGAGCUCUGAAUAUAUAGAUACUUUUGACAAAAAUAAUAUCCUUUCUCUUAAAUCAAGCUUUUCAAAUGGUGUUUUGCCUUUACAAAAUUAUACGAAUGAGAGAUAUCAGGUAUCCCAUUCAGAACUAUCUGAAGUCGGAGAGGUUGGCCCUCUUCUACAUGAUGAUAUCAUACAUGUACAUGUGGACGCACAAUUGGGUACAAAUCCAUGGGGUUUAAAAGAUGUAACAGGUUACAUGGAUGGCCAACACUCUCUCCUUUAUGAUGGUAGGACAUCCUCAGCUGAUGGUUUUAGUAAUGGAGGGCUGUACCAGGUCUGUCAAGAUGGAAGAACAAUUAAUGGAGGAAGCAUUUGUCAGGGUUUGCACGCCAUCACUCAAAUUUCAUCCACUGUUCGUGAAGAUGGUAAAGGAAAUGUGCAUUCUGGAGCACCUCCUCCUUGGUUCAACGCAACUGAAGCAAAUCCACUAAAUGUUGGACUAAAACCAGGGUUAGGACUGAGUACUGUUGCCUCUCCUCUCAGUAAACCUGGGAAGUCCCAGAAAUUGAACCCGAAACGGGUGGGAGCUGCUUGGGCAGAGAAGAGAAAGAUUGAACUGGAGAUGGAAAGGAGAGGAGAGUGUAUCACCAAUAAUUUUGAUGCUAACUGGCUCCCUAAUUUUGGUAGAGUUUGGCAAUCAGGUAGCCGAAAGGAAUCUAGAAAAGAAUUUGAGGUGGAGGACAAAAAACCGCUAAAGGUUGAAACUGAAACUGAGACAUCAAUCAAGUUACAGCCUUACAUAAGCAAACGAAUGCGAAGGGAUGACGGGAAGUAGUGCUUCAUUCACGAGAGAAUCACUAGUAGCCUUACAAGUUUUCGAUGGGGAGUAGUCAUUUCAUGAGAAUCACUAGCAGGCUUUAAAGUUUUAGAUCCCGGUGCUGCUCGAGUAUGCAUAUAUUUUUCUGUAUUCGCCUUCAAUUUUGAUUGGAGGUCAAAUGGUUCCAGAAUUUUGUUAAAAGAGGCAGCUCAUUGACAAUCAGCUUCAAAGUCCAUUCGUAAAUCCGUUCUCCAGAGUAUUGGACUAAAAAUGCUGUCAACUUAGACGUCCACACAACGCAUGUAUAUAUAUACACAUUAGUGGGACAUGUCAAUUUUUGUUCAUCGCUGUAGUGUUCUAUGCUAACUCACCAUUGUCAUUGUAUUCAGCAAACUCGUCAUUAGGUGAUGCAUCAAAAGAACAUCUGUAAUGCGCUCUUUUUUUCUUUUUCUUAUUUUUUAUUUUUUAUUUUUAGAAAUAAGUCAAAAUAAGUCUCUUAUUUUGACUUAUUUUUGCAAGCAUUUUGAUAUUAUUCAAACCGUAACAAACGUUACUAAAUAUUUUUGUACUUUUGCUUCGUUAUAUUAAGUUGGCAGAAGCAAAAAAUAGGAAACAGAAACUAUUACCAAACAAAU